GGGGUCAGUUACGAUUCAUAGAAAAUGCAUUCUAUGAAAAAUAAGUGAAGACACUGAAGGGUAGCCCGUCUGGGGGAGGUGUGUGCCGCCUUGGGCCGCUGUAGCCAGUCUUCGUACCUGCGUUAGAUCGUGCCGCCAUGCCCGCCGCCGCCGAGACUGAGCCGGCGCCGCCGUCCAUGUUCGAGGAGGGCUCGGUGGAUGACCCCGACUGGGUGCCGUACGGCGAGCGGCCCGACUGGCGGGAUGUGCAGCCGGUGCCGCAGGACGACGGACCCGAGCCCGUGGUGCGCAUCCUCUACUCGGAGCGCUUCACAGACGUGUACGACCGGUUCCGCGCGCUGCUCGCCUCGGGCGAGGUGUCGGAGCGCGCGCUGCGGCUCACCUCGGCGGCGCUAGAGCUGAACCCGGCCAACUACAGCGUGUGGCACCACCGGCGUCAUCUGCUGCAAGCCCUCGACUGUCCGCUGGAGCGCGAGGUCGAAUUCACCCGACAGAUGAUCGAGGACCACCCGAAGAACUACCAGGUCUGGCACCACCGGCGCGUGCUGGUGGAGCGGCGCGGCCAGCCGGGCGACGAGCGCCGCCUCACUGAGAUCGUGCUCUCGCAGGACCCCAAGAACUUCCACGCCUGGCAGUACCGGCAGUGGGCCGUGCGCCGGUUCGACCUGUUCGACGGAGAGCUGGAGUUUGCCGAGCGGCUGCUCGAUGAGGAUGUGCGCAACAACUCGGCCUGGAACCAGCGCUACUUUGUCUGUAACAACACCACUGGCUUCACUUCUGAGGUGGUGGCGCGCGAGGUCUCCUUCUGUCUGCAGGCGCUGCGCAAGGUGAAGCAGAACGAGUCGGCGUGGAACUACCUGCGCGGCGUCCUGUUCCAGUCGUCCGCCGGCCUGUCGGGACACGCCGAGCUCACCGAGUUCUGUGACGGCCUGCUGGAGGCUGGCUGCCGCGCGCCGCAGCUGCUCGCGUUUGUGGUGGAUGCCAGUGCCGAGCGCGCGGCUGCCGGGGACAAGGAGGCGCUUCAGAGAGCACUCCGACUGUGUGACGAGCUGGCCGCUGAACAUGACACGAUUCGCGCCCAGUACUGGCUCUACCGGCGCCGCGCGCUCGCCAAAAAGCAUAACAUCGAGUGAAGGGCGUCCGCUGAACCGAAGGCAAUGCUGGGAAGAAAUGUGUAAGGAGCGGUUGCUGUCACAAGGUUAAGGGAGUCCUCGGCUCUCCCCCAAGCGACGCGGUGAUUCGUUCUCACAGUAUGCCCGGGAACGACGGCAUUGGAGAACGUGAAUGAUACUGCAGAAUGGAACAGCGAACCUUCGAGAGGCCUGUGUCAGUUGCGAUGGCGGUUGCCUUGACUGCAACUUGCGCUUAUGAUGCGUGUUUACGUGUGUGGACGGCACGCAGAGAAAUUGCACACUGCUUGUUCCCGGUUGGUCUACUUACGAUACGAUUGCCGAGACAUUUCACUCAGUGUGCUGGA